ACCGAGCGCAGCACUAUAAGUCUACUCAGUAGCCUCGAAUUUAGUUUUAAGUUUUUCUCAACUGAUCUGAGUGUUUUUUUCUUUUUGAGUUCAUCUUUUUAAACUUUAAGUUGUAUUUAAAUGCCUCACGCGCGAUAAAAUUGUACAAAACGUGCUCAUUGAACGUGGAUUUUAAGCUAUAAAACAGACCAAAGGUCAGAAUUUCUUGAACGCUUCCUGCCACGAUCGCACCUUAACAUGGAACCCACAACGAAUGAUCAGAUUUCAUAACGCUCUUUUCUAAAGUGAAUUACUUUAUAAUAUACACGUUUUUGGAGUGACUACAUCAAGACAGUGACUUGAAAAAUGGCAGAAGCUAUUCUAGAUCAUGACCAGUACAGCUGCUCUGUGUGUCUGGACUUACUGAGGGAUCCCGUGACAAUUCCUUGCGGACACAGUUACUGCAUGAGCUGCAUCAAUGAGUGCUGGAAUAAAGACCAAAAAGCACCAUAUAAAUGUCCACAGUGCAGACAGACCUUCAGUUUAAAGCCUCCACUCAACAGAAGUACAGUCCUUGCUGAGCUUAUGGAGAAACUGAGAGCCCAAGAGUCUCCUCAAAGUCCUGCGGGACCUGGAGAGAUUGCGUGUGAUUUCUGUGCUGGAGAAAGCAUCAAAGCUGUCAAGUCUUGCUUGGAGUGUCGAGCAUCUUACUGUGAAUUACAUGUACAGCCGCACUAUAAUGUUCCUGCUCUGAGGAAACAUGGGCUGGUUAAAGCGUCCACCAUACCAGUUUGCUCUAAACACGACAAGCUCCUGGAGGUCUACUGUCGAACAGACCAGACCUGUGUCUGUGCACACUGCUUAAUGGAUGACCACAAGGGCCACGACACAGUGCCAUCCACAACAGAGCGCAAGGAGAAAGAGUUGAAACUCUCAGGCACUCAAACAAAAGUCAAAAAGACAAUCCAGGCCAAAGAAAAAGAGCUGCAGAAUAUGAAAAUGGACAUGUCGUCCCAUUCAGACUCUGCGAUGAAGGCCAUCAAGAACAGCAAGAAGACCUUCGCAGAAUUAGUCAAGCUUAUUGAGAAAAAAAGCAGUGAGGUGAUUGAAAAGAUAAAAGCUCAAGAAAAGGCUGAUCUGGAUGAAGGUGAAAAAAUACAAGAAAAGCUAAAGGGGGAAAUUACUGAUCUGAAGAAGAGGGAAGGAGUCCUUGAGGAUCUUUCACAGACAGACAACAACAUCCACUUUCUUCAGAAUUAUGAGUCUAUAUCCCCUUCAUCUGGAUCUAAUGACUUUUGCAAUCUCUCAUUUCAACCAUGCUGCUCUUUUGAGGAAGUGAGUGAACUUGUUUGUGAACUGACUAAGAGACUGGAGAAAACUUGCAUGCAGGAAAUAAACCAAACAAUAAAUAAAGUUUCAGAUUUGUCUACAAAGACACCUUCUUUUGAUAUUAAAGUUGGAGACGAUGUUCGUGUAAAGCCAUCUGUUGUUACUCCAACACACAAAUGGGGAUCAGUUACUCACAAAAGCAUUGGUGUUGUUAAAAAAAUUCAGGGCGAGUUUUUGACUGUAGAUUUCCCUGAACAAAAAAACUGGACUGGUGUAGUUGUAGAAAUGGAGAAUGUGGCCAGUGCUGGUUCAGAUUUGUCAACACCAAAUGCUUCCGUCAACAUUAAGGUUGGGGACAGGGUCAAAGUGAAACCCUCAGUAACAACUCCAGAACAUAACUGGGGUAGAAACGUCACACAUAAGAGUGUGGGUGUGGUAAAAGCUAUUAAAGAUGAUGACAGCCUGCUUGUUGACUUUCCUGGACAUGCGAACUGGAAAGGAAUUCUAUCUGAAAUGGAACUAGCAAAUGAUGAUGAUGAUGAUGAUGAUGAAUCUGGAUCUGCAAGCCAGGACUCCAAUAUUAAGAUUGGAGACAAAGUCCGUGUGAAACCGUCAGUUAUUACUCCAGCUCACAAAUGGGGAGCAGUCACUCACAAAAGCAUUGGAAUUGUUAAAAAAGUUCAGGGGGACUCUUUAACUGUAGAUUUCUCUGAGCAAAAAAACUGGACUGGUAUACUUUCAGAAAUGGAGAUUGUGGCCAGCGCUUCAGGUUUGGCUGACAUGAAGGUUGGAGACAGAGUCAGAGUGAAAGCUUCUGUUACCACUCCGAUGCAUAACUGGGGAUCUAAUGUCACGCAUAAGAGUGUUGGUGUGAUAAAAGAAAUUAAAAUUGAUGACAGUCUAAUUAUUGACUUUCCUGAUCAUGCCAAUUGGAAAGGAAUUCUUUCAGAAAUGGAGCUAGUAACCAAUGAUGAUGAGUCUGGGUCUUUAAGUAUGCUGUCCAGUAUUAAGAUUGGAGACAAAGUCCGUGUGAAGGCAUCAGUUGUUACUCCAACACACAAGUGGGGAGCAGUCACUCAUAAAAGCAUUGGUUUUGUUCUGAAAAUUCAGGGAGAUUCUAUAGUUGUAGAUUUUCCUGAACAUAAAAAAUGGACUGGUGUAGUUUCAGAAAUGGAACUCGUGACUGGCGCUGCCUCAGAUUUGUCAACAAGAAGUCUUUCUGUGGACAUCAAGGUUGGAGAUAAAGUCAGAGUGAAACCUUCCAUAACCAACCCUAAACAUAACUGGGGUGGAUACGUCACACACAGCAGUGUGGGUGUAGUAAAAGAUAUCAAAUCUGAGGAUGUGAUUGUGGAUUUUCCAACACACAAAGGCUGGAAAGGCAUUCUCUCUGAGAUGGAGUUGAUAAAUGAUUCAGAUGCCAACAUCUCCUAGAUCUUGAUGAUGUGACUGUGGACUUCAUUGAUCAUCUGUUGCUUGAGUUUUUGAUUGAUCAAACUUUAUCUAAAGUGUUUGUAGUCAUGUGAACAAAAUGAAGUGAGAGACACAUGGGUGUUCUUCUGAGCACAGGAGAGCUAAAAUAUGUACAUUUUCUAUUCAAUUAAUGAUUUAGAAAAAAAAACAAACCAAAAGUUUUUAUCAGUUCUUCAUUUGUAUGAUUAUGGGUUUAGAUUUGUUACAGAAAAGGUGUUGCAGAUACAAAAAGUGUAUGUUUGUUUUUUUUAAUUCCUUUCUUAAGUGACAGUUCACCUAAAAUUAAACCAGCCAGGCUAGUUCCCCCUAAAAUGAAAAUGUACUCCUUAUUUAUUCACCCUCAAGAGACCCACCAAAGCUGGAAACCGGUAACAAUGGGGUAUAUGCGCAGACUUUUAAUUUCAGCCAGCCAGCCUCAGCGCUUCUGGUGAACUGUCUUUCCAUUAUAAGACUAUUUAAGGUCUGAUUUCUUGAAAAAUCAGUGAUCUUCACUGCCAGAUAGAUAUACGAUAAAAAGUGAGUCUUAGACCGGAUAAGAAGCACUGCUUAAAUUCCAUUUUCCCUCACCAUGUCUUUAAAAUAUGACAGUUUAUUUUAAUCCAGUAUUUUCAAUGGGAAUUCUGUGCUAGCCUGCUGAUCCUGACGACGCUAACGAUAAUCUAUAGCUAGUCUUUCAUCUUGUUUUACGCUUGAAGAACUAAAUGGAUGCUUAAGUCUAUUUAACUGAAUGUUUUGUAAUUACAUUACAACGUCGGUGCUGUAAAAGGAACCUUAUGAAAUUGAAAAAAAUCACAUUAAGCUUUCACCGGAAGUUUAUCAUUGGCUGAAAAACACUAGCUGUGCAUAUACCCCAUUGAAAUAGUAUGAAAAAUAAAUACUACGGAAGUCAAUGGUUACAGGUGCAACAGAAGCAAGAAAGUAAAACUUUUUUUGUUUUUGAAGUAAAGAGUGGGUAAAUGAUAAAUUAAUUUUUAUUUUGGGGUGAACUAUCUCUUUAACACUCAGGUGAGUUAAAACUUUCUUCAGUGGUACAUUAAAGGUCAUGGUCAAUGGUGAUUGUGAUCCAUGCAAGUCCAAAACUACUGGGACUUUCACAUAUACUGACAAAACAAAAUACUUUAAGCUCCUGACAAUACAUUGGGGUCUUAUGAAGAAAAACAACCAGUCUGUGCAAGAAACUGAGCAAUAUAUCCAACAUUACAGCCACAGCAAACAAUCAGUUGUGUCUUCACAACUGUCUAGGGCGAAAGCAUACUCUAGCAUGACUUAUGUGUUGAUGCAAACAUUAACAUCAAUGCUUGCUUAGUCUGUUUACAAUGGAAAGGGAUUAUGAAAUGUGUGACAUUGUUCAUGGCACGUUUGCAUAUACCGAUGAAGGCUGCAACCUACACAUGGACAAAAAUAAUGUAAACAACUUUUGUAAACUAUCACUAUAAGGUGUGUAAGAAAUGCUGGUGUAUUAUCAACGAAUAUAUAUAUGUGUGUUUCAGCUCGGGAAUAUGUACAUGCACACAGUUCUGUUUAUUCUGUUUUGAUUGUAAUGAUUUUAAUCAUUAAUUCUAUAAUUAUUUUGCAUUCACCAAUGCUGCUGCUACUAAAUAAGUCUUCUGAGUAAACUUGAACUGGACUGUUAUAUUCAAAAUGUGGUUAAAAACUACACUUUUGUUUUUCUGGAUCUGUACACUGGUUUUUCAUAUGUUGUGUAAAUAAAUAAAAUGAUCAAACGUCCA